UUCUAUUUCUUUUAUAACUAGAGAAUAACGUUGUCAUAAUACUAAGCUUUUUCUUCGCAAAUCAAUAUCUGUCGAUUUAAACGUGAUUCGGUUUUUAAAAAAAAAUCAUUCAUAUUCACAAUUUUAUUAUAAAUAUGAAAAAAUCGCUGGUCUACUAGUUUGUGUAAGACUUUUAAAACAAAAAAAAAUAUUCAACUAAUGUUUCCUUAUGUGAAUUUACAUCAACAAUUAAAUGGUAAUUAGUUAUAAAAAUGAUUUCACUAAUAAUCACACAAUGGAUAUUCGAACACUUGAUAGACAAGAAUUAUUAAAACGCAUUGAUCAUGUUAUUAAUUUGUAUAAAGCAUAUAGUGCGUGAAAUAUUUAUAAAAAUAAAACAAGAAAUUGAAAAUCAUUAUCUAGAAAUUUAUUCUCUUGUAUCAAAGUCUCGAAUGGAUGCUCUUGAAGCAAAUAACUUCUAUUUAUAAUAAAAAUCGAACGGAAUUCUAUAUAUUUGAAUUUAAUUCAUUCGAUUCAAAUGAUAAACAAUUUGAUCUAUUUUAUAAUAAAUUAAAUCAAUUUAUUUCUGAUAUUGAUGUAAAACAGAUUAAAAUUCUUUUGAUCUAUUCUCUAGCAAAAAUUUUAUCAAAUCUUAGAUAAAGAUGUUCAUCGUGUACUUCAUUCACUAUCUCAUUAUUCGCAGAAUAUAUUAAAAUUACUUUUAUGUUAUGAAAAUUUACAUAUACCAUUCUUUGACUCAACUGUGGGCAAGAUGAAUGUAUAAUCGUAUUAAAGCACCUUAUGUGAAAUUUAUUAAACGUACGGAAUUAAAUGAUGAUAUAAUUAUCAAAAACAAUUACAGAAAAUUUUCUUAUGAUUGCAAAUGAUUUUUUCAUUUUAUGAAGUUUUAUAUUUAGGUAUAAUACAUUAUAUCUACUGGCAUGUGAAACCUCCUCCUUUUCCUCCUUUUCCCAUAACAUGUCCUCCUUCUCCUCCUUUUUACAUCGGAAUCCUCCUAUUCCUCCUUUUUAUCACUUAAGUUGUGAAAUCAGUAUUUUCAAUAUUUUAAACAAAAACAUUUUGUGAUUCUACAGUUCAGAAGAUAUUUGAAAUGAUUGAUUAUAGCAAUGCAACAAAAAAAUGUCUUUUAAUUUUUAACGAAGAUCAAUCCGUAUUUCGAGUUUUCGACAAAUUAAAGUGUCAUCUUCACGCAUUAACUGGUAAGAAUAUAUAUAUAUGUUUUUAAUGUGUAACAUCAAAAGGUAAUACAAUUACAAUUAAUUAGAAGGAACAAGAAAGAAAACAAAAGAGACAAAGAACAACAUUAUAUAAUAAUUAUGCAAUAUUUUUCGUUGUUUCUUUUCUUCUUUUUUGCUCCUUUUGACAAAUUAUAAUUAUAUUAUCUUUUGAUGUAAAAUGUUACGAACAUAUAUAUUUUUGUUAAUUUUCCUAUAUGGUCAUUCUCUACCGAUUAAAAACUAUACUCAAUCAUUUCAAGAAAGCUAUUGUUAAAUAACUACAUUCUCGUUAAAGGCCUCUUAACGCGGCAAAAUUUAAUAUUUCAUAGUUGAAAAAAGUAGAUUCAGAUGGCACUCCUGUUAAUCGAUGGCUGAAACAAGGCACAAAACCAUUAUCAUUCAUUUGUACAUUAUGUAAAACCGACGAUUUAUGCUGUGGAAAUAAAUGGUGGCAAUCUAUAGGACGUCCUAUGCAUAAUAAAAAACAUCGUGAUAGUUUAAAAUUGAUAAAAGAAAAUAGUACAUUUGUUGUUCAAGCUGAAUGUGAACAACCAAAAAAGAAAUGUAAGCUAACUGUAGAACCAAUGUUAACCCAAGACGAAAAUACCUAUUGCCAUUAA